AUGGGGUUUUACAACUCCAUUUCUGCAGUGUUUUUGUCAUCCUUUUUUUUGCAUGCUUUCAUUCUUCACUCUUGCCUUCCUUGUUUCGCCCUUCCGGGAAAUGAGACAGAUAGACUCGCUUUGCUUGAAAUCAAAGCUAGCAUAACUCAUGACCCUUUUGAAGUCCUGACUUCAUGGAAUGAAACCAUCCACUUUUGCUCUUGGCAUGGCGUUACAUGUGGUCGUCGUCCUAAGAGGGUCACAAGGUUGAGCCUGCGGUCCUUCAAACUUGCAGGAUCUAUAUCGCCGCAUAUUGGGAACUUGAGUUUUUUGAGAGUCAUUGAUCUCCGGAACAACAGCUUAGGCCAUGAAAUUCCUCCAGAAUUCAGCCGCCUGCACAGAUUGCAACACCUACGGUUAAACAACAAUUCACUGAGUGGAGAAAUUCCCACUAACUUGUCGCGUUGCUCUCAGCUCCUCGGGCUCGAUGUUUGUUUCAAUGUACUGAUGGGAAAGAUUCCAAAGGAGCUUGGCCUCUUGUCAAAGUUAAGGUUUUUUUCCAUCCACGAUAACCACUUUACAGGGGGAGUCCCUACUUCUUUUAGCAAUUUAUCAUCUCUUGAAGGGUUCUCCGCAAUUUCUAAUAAUUUGAGUGGCACUGUCCCGGAUAUUUUUGGCCGAAUGACCAAUCUUAGCUUUCUUGCUUUGGACCUAAAUAGCUUUUCGGGUAUGCUUCCUCCCUCAAUCUUUAAUCUCUCUUCUAUCAUAAACCUUAUUAUGGGAGGUAAUGAAAUCCAAGGGAGUCUACCCUCAAACUUAGGUAUGGUCUUUCCGAGUCUCCAAACAUUUUCUAUUUCCAAUAACCAAUUCAGUGGAUCUAUUCCUGUUUCAUUAUCAAAUGCCUCAAAUCUAUUUAGAUUGGGGAUCGGAGGUAACCACCUGCAUGGAAAAGUCCCUCCAUUGACGAAUUUGCAUAAGCUUGAGUGGUUAAUCCUUGCUGACAACCAUCUCGGAAGUGGGGGAAUUGAUGACUUGACCUUUCUCUGCGAUUUGACCAACGCCACCCAUUUAGAAAUUCUCCAAAUGUUUACCAACAAUUUUUGGGGCACGUUACCUCAGUGCAUAGGAAACCUGUCUUCUUCUCUUCAAAGCUUCAUUAUAGCUCAAAAUAAAAUAUUAGGAAGUAUCCCGAAUGAGAUUGUAAAUCUGGCUAACUUAGAGCUUUUGGGGAUGGACGAGAACCAAAUUUCAGGUCACAUUCCCCCUGGUCUGGGAAAGCUGCACAAGUUAUAUCAAUUAACUUUUGAUGGGAACUCUCUCUCUGGCAAUCUUCCAUCCUCUUUCAGAAAUUUAAGUCAAUUAAAUGUGUUAAGCUUAGCAGGCAACAAACUUCAAGGCAAUAUCCCGCCGAGUUUAGCAGAGUGUCAGAAUUUGAGGAUCUUACAUCUUGGUGCCAACAAUUUCAGCGGUAUCAUAUCGCAAGAAAUCUUUGGUCUACUGAACUUGUAUAAUUUGAGUUUAGGACAAAAUCAGUUUCUAGGCUCCCUGCCAGAGAACAUAGGAACUUUAAUAAAUCUAGAGUAUUUAGAUAUCUCUAAUAACAUGUUAUUCGGUAAAAUUCCCACAAGUCUUGUUAGUUGUGUAAAAUUAGAGUACCUAGACAUGCAUGGAAAUUUCUUCAAUGGGACAAUUCCAUCAACUUUGAGUUCACUAAGAGGUCUUUCAGAAUUGUAUCUUUCUCACAACAACUUGUCAGGCACCAUUCCAGAAUUCUUAGAAGGUUUUAUAUUUUUGGAAUCUCUGAAUCUAUCUUAUAACAAUUUUGAGGGCAUGUUGCCGAUCAAAGGAGUGUUCAAGAAUGCAACGGCGACAUCAGUUGAAGGAAAUAGCAAGCUUUGUGGGGGCAUACCUGAGUUUCAUUUGCCAAAGUGCAAACUCCAGCAUGCAAAAAAGAAAGGAUUGAGCUUAACCAUGAAAUUGGUUCUCCCCCUCGUUUGUGGGAUUCUUGGAGUCAUUUUUGCACUAACCUUUUUGUACCUUUAUUGCUCACGGAGGGACAAAAAGGGUCAAGCUGCAAUUGAUUCGGACAAAUUUCCCCAGGUGUCUUACCAAAGUCUUCUAAAGGCAACAAAUGGAUUCUCCUCAACCAACUUGGUCGGUAUGGGCAGUUUUGGGUCCGUUUAUAAAGGAGUAUUUGAGCAAGGUGAAACUAUAGUUGCCAUCAAGGUACUCAACCUCGUUUGUCGCGGAGCUUACAAAAGUUUUAUUGCUGAGUGCAAGGCUUUCAGAAAUAUUAGACACCGUAAUCUUGUCAAGGUACUCUCAGCAUGUUCUGGUUUUGAUUAUCGCGGUCACGACUUCAAGGCCUUAAUUUAUGAGUUCAUGGUUAACGGGAGCUUGGAGGAAUGGCUGUAUCCAAUUCAUACAAUUAGUGAGACAAAUGAGAGGCCAAGGAGCUUAACAAUUUCUCAGAGGUUGAAUAUUGUUAUUGAUGUUGCUAUGGCAUUGGAUUAUCUCCAUCAUCAUUGUGAGACGCCAAUAGUUCAUUGCGACCUCAAACCCAGCAAUAUUCUUCUCAAUGAGGACAUGGUUGCACAUGUAGGUGACUUCGGGUUGGUGAGGUUCCUACCAAAAGCUGCUGAAAAUUCUUCGGGAAAUCAAUCAAGCUCUUUAGGGAUCAAGGGAACUAUUGGUUAUGCUCCUCCAGAAUAUGGCAUGGGACAUGAAGUGUGGACACAAGGUGAUGUGUACAGCUUUGGCAUCCUCCUGUUGGAAAUAUUUACAGGAAAAAGACCGACCGAUGACAUGUUUCAGGGAACUUCAAACCUUUAUAGCUUUGUGAAGGCAGCUCUGCCUGAGCAAGUGGAAGAGGUUUUGGAUCCCGUUCUUGUUCAAGAGAGCAAUCAUCCUAAUGAGGGGAGGGCAAGGAAUCACAUCCUAAUCAUAGAAAGUUUAAUCUCUGUUUUAGAAAUUGGUGUUGCUUGCUCAACGGAGUUGCCUAGAGAAAGAUUGAACAUCUAUGAUGCUGUGGCACAUAUGUGUCGGAUCAGAAACAAACUUUGAGCAAAUGGUAUAUGCGAAUAGAAGCUUAUUGUUAAUAAUGUGGUAUAGCAUGUAAUAGUAUUGAUGUUAUGUGAAAGCGUUCUCGUAUUUGUUAGAUAAAAAAUGCAGUGCAAAUGGCUAGUUGAUCAAUGUUUGCCAAACAAACUUAUUUGCAUCGAAUUAUGCUUGAACAAUGACGUUCUAGCUUUGCCAAACAUUAUAGGACGAACACUCUGAAAGAAUUAAAAUUAAAAAUUAAAAAACAAAGUUGUGGAAAGUAUUCAUCAAAUUUCAAACCUAUGUUGGAUUUCCUGCUCUCUGUUGAGAGGCUUAUCCCUGGUUGAAAAUGGGAAGCAUUCCAUAGUAGUUUAUUGCUUUUGUUAUUUUAUUUUUUUAGAAAACCUAGACGGUACGAGGAGAAUUUUAUUAAUAACAAAAAGUAAGUUACACCUAGUCAGGAGAAUAUAAACCUAACUCCUCGUAAUACUAGAAAAAAGAAAAAAAAUACAUGAAAAAGAAGGAGGAUAUAAACCUUACUCUUCUAUAAACGAAACAAUAAAGAUACAAAAAUACGCAUUCAUCAGUCAUCCAUUCAUCAACAUUUAUGUGAGCAUUCAUCAUCCAUUCAUCAACAUUUAUCUUUCGCUCACUCACUCUCAUAUUUCAUUAAAAUAUUGUUUUACAUAUAGUUUGGGGGUGGUCCAGGCAACACAGAGGUGGGCAUUCAUCAAAGCCAUGUCACGGAAAAUUACAUGAGCAUUGACGAAAUUUUAGGUCUAUAAAUGCAUGAGAGAAACAUUUCACAAAUCCGUAUGACUUUCAGAGAUAUUAAACCAUGCUUAAUUUUAACGCAGUGGAGGGAUUUGAUUUACCUUUCAUUUUGUAGAUCCGAGUUCUUGCAGCCAUCUUUGCUGUGUGUACAGCACCUUCAUUUGUGAGCCAUUGCUCCUUGCAUUUCCUAUUCCCCGGGGCCUUACUCGGAUCCCCAAGUCCACAUACAGAAAACAUACAUGCAUGAGUUAUCCUUUCACAAUUAGCACAUUCACACCAACAUGAUUUGUGGGGGUGAGAUUGAAGCACUUGCUUUUCAUCUAAGUUAAUUUUUUAUAUUUUUGUUCUAAAAAAAAUAAAGUUUAUUUAUUGUUAUAAAUAAAGUAA